AUGACCAAGAGGGGACCAGCCCCUACAGAAAGUCAGACAAGCUCUGUACAAAAUAGUGGUCUGCAGGAGGUUUUAGAUGAACAUAAGAUCAGUCUGAAGACGAGAUGUAAACAUGUGACUGAAGGAACUGAUGAAACAGGAAGUGGAACCCUCCUCGACAGGAUCUACACUGAGCUCUACAUCACAGAGGGACAGAGUGAAGAGGUUAAUACCCAACAUGAGGUGAGGCAGCUUGAGACAGCUUCCAAGAAGAAGAUCCUCCAUGAGACUCCAAUCAAGUGCCACAAGAUCUUUAAAGCCUUACCUGACCAACAGAGACACAUCAGAGUGGUUCUGACGAACGGUGUCGCUGAUGUUGGAAAAACCUUCUCAGUGCAGAAGUUCACUCUGGACUGGGCAGAGGGUUUGGAAAACCAAGAUCUCAGUCUGGUGGUUCCGCUUUUGUUCAGGGAGCUGAACCUGAUCAAAGAUGAGCAGUACAGUCUUCUCACACUGCUCCAUGUUUUCCAUCCAACAUUACAGAAGGUCACAGCAGAGAAGCUCGCUGUCUGUAAACCUUUGUUGAUCUUUGACGGCCUGGAUGAAAGCAGACUUUCACUGGAUUUCCACAACAAUGAGGUUGUGUCUGACGUCACACAGAAGUCUUCAGUCAACGUGCUGUUGACAAACCUCAUCAAAGGGAAUCUGCUUCCCUUGGCUCUCAUCUGGAUAACUUCCAGACCUGCAGCAGCCAAUCAGAUUCCUCCUAAAUAUAUUGACAGGGUAACAGAAGUACGAGGCUUCACUGACGCCCAGAAGGAGGAGUACUUCAGGAGGAGAUUCAGUGAUGAAGAUCUGUCCAACAGAAUCAUCUCACACAUCAAAACCUCCAUGAGCCUCCGCAUCAUGUGUCUUAUCCCAGUCUUCUGCUGGAUCACUGCUACAGUUCUGGUCCACCUGUUGACUACAGACCAGAGAGGAGAGCUGCCUAAGACCCUGACUGACAUGUACUCACACUUCCUGCUGGUUCAGACAAAGAGGAAGAAGCAGAAGUAUGAUGAGGGACAUGAGACGAGUCCACAGGAGCUGAUGGAGGCUGACAGGGAAGUUAUUCUGAAGCUGGGGAGGCUGGCAUUUGAACAGCUGGAGAAAGGAAACAUCAUGUUCUACCAAGAAGACCUGGAGCAGUGUGGUCUUGAUGUCACAGAGGCCUCAGUGUACUCAGGAGUUUGUACAGUUAUCUUCAAAAGAGAGAGUGUGAUCUUCCAGAAAACAGUGUACUGCUUCGUUCAUCUGAGCAUUCAGGAGUUUCUGGCUGCAGUCUACAUGUUCCACUGUUACACCAACAGGAACACAGAGUUACUGGAGGACUUCUUAUGGAAAAACUGGGAUAAUGAAAAUAGUGACUGUUUAAUGAAAGAUGACAAUGAUCAUGAUUCAUGAUGCGCUGUGUAAAGACCGUCAUUGUGACAAUACUCAGGGAGAUGGUGAACUAAUGCAGGCUAAUUGCUAACAUGCUAGUCUGCCCGGCUAGCACUCCUCCGUCUCGGUAUCUGAGCGUCUGUGUCUCCGUCCUGAACUGAAUCCCACCAUGACAUCACACACUGCUUUGUAGACUAGUGUUCUGAAGCCUAAAGUUUGGCAUUUUGGCCAUUGCCAUCUUGGUUUUGGUUUUAGCUGCAUGUAAAUUAUUUAAAUCAAAACUCAAAACAUGUGUUAGAAAGAAAAAUCAAGAUGUUUUAUUCAUUUUUUUAACAACAGCAACAGAUAGAUUACAUUUAUAAAAACAGGCAGAGACAGUUUUCUAUCAGCUGAUAAAGAGAAACGAUUUCAGAUUUUAAAAAAACAAGUUUGUUAUCUGGUGCCGAAAGUGACCUGUGAGCCCUGAAAUAAGGUUAAUUCCUCAGAGAAUCCAAUGUGAGACCAUCAACAUGGUCCAACAGCAGAGUCCACGUCAAAAGCUGUCUGAGAAGCUAACACUGACGUUAAAUUUGAAAUCAAUCCGCCCAUUGAUGGUCCAAACUGUGCUGUGUGAGCGCCCCCUGCAGUCUCACUGUGAAUUAUAAAAUUUCUGAGCACAAACUAUAAAUACUUUUAAUUAAUUUAACAAUAAAAUCUAUUUUUGUACAGAUUCAUUUAAAAUUUUACACCAAAAUAACAAAACAGCCUGAUUGUGUCUAUAAAACAAUAUACAUACGAUCUUUACAGUGAGUAAUCUUAUUAUAUAGGAUCUCUGGUACAGCACAGAAAUAAUGAUAUCUGGAACAUAAACUAUUACAGUAAGGAUUCAUUUAUUGAUUAAAACUCUCUCUCUCUCAACCAAUCAGAAACUAAAAGGCACCAUGACGACAUGAUGGACCCACCCCCUUUAUGACAUCACAGAGGAAGUCAUCGUGGGGACAUGUUGGUGAAAUAUUGACUGCAGUGAUUAUUUCUGGAAUCAAUAACGUUUGUUCAGUUAAUAACUGGAUGUAUUUAUCGGCCAUUAAAGGAGUGCGUCUGUACGUCUCUUCCUCAUCAUUCAUUCCAGUUGUCUCUGGGGACGCCUGCAGGUUACUGCUGGUAACUGCAGGCGUGUGGAAGUCAUUAAUAUAAUCCUCAGGCUUCACAAUAAAAGCCUUAGUUUUACUGUGAAGGAGUAGGACAUGUUGUAUUCCUGUGAAUCCAGUGUGGGAACGGCGGACUACGCCACUAACAAUGAGUUUACUAUAAAUAAAUCAGUUCUGUUCACAUGUUUCUGUUCCCAGCUGCAUUAUGGGAAAUGUAGGAUGCAGUGUCUUCUCCAUCUCUUACAACAACAACUACAGAAAUCAUUAAUUGGGAGA